UGGACCAUUCUAGGUACAGCCGUCUCCAUUCAAACCCUAGAAAGUGCAAGGCGAGAAAAUCUAUCCUGCCUACUCCAUCCACGUGACUCUGGGGAGGGGGAUCGUGUAGGGCGGGUCUGGAGAGCCGGGCUGCAUCAUUCAGGCCUCUGCACCCCUCCCUUUCUCUGUCCAUUGGGAGCCGAAGACAGGAAAUGACUGCCAUGGAUGUGGUAGGAUUUUAACUGAAACAGCAUUUUGUAGCCCAGGCCCCAUGCUGUCACAGCUGUUUUCUCCUCUGAUACCAGCCAGGUGGCCCCCUCUGUUCCCCUCCUCAUCCCUCCACAUAGCUUCAGCCCUGUGAUUCUCCACUCCUGGCUGCCUUCCACAUUCCAAUGCCGUCUCUGAACCCAGGCAUCCUGGCCUCCAGAUGAAACAGCUGCUGUGACUGCCCCCGAUCCCCGGCCCCGUGACUCAGGCUCUCUGAAGGGACCAGCCCGUUUCUUGGCAUUCACCGGGAAAAGAGGGGGGUAAGGGAGGGGGGCUAGGUGGUGACAUCAGAGUGGAAGGGUAUAAAAGCUGAGCAAAAACAGGACUGAAAUUGAAGACACUGACAAAACCUGCCAGCCAGCUGCCUGUGCUCCUGGGGUCGCCCCAGCCUUGCACCCACAGACCUCUGGUCCGAGAUCUGAACCGCUGCCAGACCUCCCCGCUGACUCCAUGCUGGGCUCUCCCGGCCUUCUGUGGCUCCUGGCUGUCACCUUCUCCUUAGUUCCCACAACGUGGCCCUUGGUCCCUCAAGCCCUUAAGGAAGAGGAGGAAGAUGAGACCCCAGGGCCGCCUCUGCCGGCCGUCCUCUGUGACUACGACAGUUGCCGCCACCUGCAGGUGCCCUGCAGGGAGCUGCAGAGGGCCGGGCCCAAGGCCUGCCUGUGCCCUGGGCUCUCCAGCCCCGCCCAGCCGCCUGCCCCACCGCGCCUGGGAGAAGUGCACGUGGUGGCCGAGGACAGCAGCGCCGUGGUGCACUGGUGUGCCCCCUCCUCCCCAGUCCACCAGUACUGGCUGCUGCUCCGGGAAGGCAGUGGGGCUACCCAGAAGGGGCCCCCGCUCAACUCCACGGUCCGCCAAGCAGAACUGAAGGGACUGAAGCCUGGGGGCGUUUAUGUCGUUUGCGUGGUGGCUGCUAACGGGGCUGGAGAAAGCAGCGUGCCCCCAGCAGAUCAACAGCGCCAAAUAACAUUCCAAUUGGUUGCGCCCUGGGACCCCAUGGAGAGCUUGCUACAAUCCGCCCACGGGUUUCAGGGCCGCACCACCCUUCCUCCACACCGCCGCCGGGCGGCCCAGCUCGGGGGUCGCCUGCGGGGCCGCGAACCCGACGCGCCACCCGUCCCCGCCCGCGCCGGGUCCGGGCGGCUGGGCCAGGCCUGUGUUUUCUGGCUCUCGGCGGCACCCGUCCACGCCCGCUUCCACGUGACCCAAACAGAUCCGGGCACUUCCGCUUCCCCUCGGCUUUCUUCUCGUCCGUGUCCGCUGAGGGUCCAGAGCCGGGUCCCCGCGGAAGCGGCGGUGGCGGCGCCAUGGCGGAGCUGACGGCUCUGGAGAGUCUCAUCGAGAUGGGCUUCCCCAGGGGACGCGCGGAGAAGGCUCUGGCCCUCACAGGGAACCAGGGCAUCGAGGCUGCAAUGGACUGGCUGAUGGAGCACGAAGACGACCCUGAUGUAGACGAGCCGCUGGCGACCCCCCUUGGACAUGUCCUGGGAAGGGAA